GGAAAAGGGGAGGGAGAGAGCAAAGCCAAGAGAAAAAUCUGCCUUUUUAUGGUCCCUUGCAAACUCCCAAGCAUUCCUCCUGGCUUGGUUCCCUCCUCUUAACUCUGAACAGACCAACGUCUUUUCUCCCACCCGCCCAGGCCGUUUCCUGCAAGCAAAAUCAAAACCAGCUUUUAAAGCUUGUGCUUCUCCUGUUGCUGCCUUUUGCUAAGAUGAACAUGAAAGCUGUUGUGGUUCUUCUCCUCUUAGCCUUGGCUACCAUUUUUGCUUUAGUUUGCGUCUUGCUGACUAAAAAGGAGAAAAGCACUAAGUGUGUCCUCUCCGAGCUGCAGAACCCUCCAGAGGACCUCUCCACAGAUCAAAGCAAGAUCUUUGCUGACCUGACAGCAGACGAGAUGCUCCGAGUGGUGAAAUACCUCAGGGACCAUCUUGAUGUGCACCUGGAAGAUGCUUUUCACGCCAGACCAUCGGAUAAUUGUAUUUACUAUCUAGAUCUUCAUCUCCCCACUAAAACAGAAGUACUGGGCUUCCUCGACCGUGGAACGGACCGACCGUCUCGAGAGGCAUUGGCUGUGGUGUACUUUGGAAACCAGCCGGAUCCAAAUAUCACAGAAUACAUAGUGGGGCCUCUUCCACUUCCAACAUACCAUCGAGACAUCACCCUGAGGAAAUUUGGCAAGAAGGUGCCAUACCACAGCAGGCCUGUGACGGAGAGAGAGUACAGAGAUAUUGAUCUUUUCAUUUUCCAUGAGCUCUCACAGGCCUCCAGCCUCCUCAAAGUAUGCUGUGAAUAUAAUGGGACAAACCUGGCUACUCUGACUACAGCUCCCCGAGGGUUUGUGUCCGGUGACAGAGCCACCUGGUUUGUCCUGUUUCACAAUGUGGUAGGCAGCGGAUACUAUGUCCACCCUAUUGGUCUGGAGGUGCUGGUGAACCACAGCAGUCUCAGCAUCUCCGAGUGGACGAUUGAGAAAGUCUUCUAUAAUGGUCAGUAUUAUCAGGACCUGGCCCAGCUGGAGAAGGAGUUCAAUGAGGGACGGGUGAAGGAGGUCAGAGUGAAGAUGGCCAAGCAGCAUGAUUUUGCUUCCACAAAGCCUUCCAAACUUUCUCAUCCAGGCCCUUUUCAGUUUGAACCCCAUGGAAUACGUUACAAGGUACACGGCAGUCAUGUUUCCUGGCAAUCGUGGGCAUUUUCCUUUGGGAUGAAUGUAAACACAGGGCCACGUCUCUUUGACAUCCGAUUUGAUAACCAGCGGAUUGUCUACGAGCUGAGUCUGCAAGAAGCCCUCGCUGUUUAUGGCUCAAACUGUCCUGGAGGGAUGGUGACCAGGUACAUGGAUGGCAGCCUAGGAAUUGGGAAGUUUGCUUAUGAGCUAGUUCGGGGUGUGGACUGCCCCUACAUGGCCACUUAUGUGGAUCGGCAUUACUUGAUAGACUCAGACACACCAAAACUGAACAAAAACUCCUUCUGCAUCUUUGAGCAUGACAUGGGUGUACCUCUGCGUCGUCAUUUUUCUAACUUGGGGUCUUUCUAUUACGGUGGGAUUCCUAAGUAUGCUCUGGUCAUAAGGUCCAUUUCGACCCUCAUCAAUUAUGACUAUAUCUGGGAUUUUGUGUUCUAUCAAAAUGGUGCUAUAGAAGUCAAAGUCCAUGCCACUGGAUAUAUCAGUUCUUCAUUCUUCACUUCAGGUGGUAAUGCAUAUGGAAACAGAGUAGGGGAACACACGCUUGGAACCAUGCACAACCAUUUGAUAAACUACAAAGUUGACUUGGAUGUCGGAGGAACCAAGAACUCUUUGGUGGCUGUCGAUAUGGAGUAUGAGUCUGUGCAAGCCCCUUGGAGUCCAGAACACCAGAUUCAACGCCCAAAGCUCACCACUAAAAUCUUGGACAAAGAAGAAAAAGCCACCUUCCCACUCGAUGGCAAAGUUCCUCGGUACCUACACUUCGCCACCAGCCGGGAGAACCACUGGAAUCAAGAGCGCGGAUACCGCAUCCAGAUAGUCAGUUUUGCUGGAGACGCCUUGCCCCAAACUAGCACCAUGGAGAGGUCCAUCAGUUGGAACAGAUACAAGUUGGCUGUCACCAAAAGGAAAGAGGAAGAGAUGACCAGCACCUGCAUCUACAACCAGAAUGACCCUUGGGACCCACUAGUGGUCUUUGCUGACUUCAUAGACAAUGAGACCAUCAUCAAUGAGGAUCUGGUGGCCUGGGUCUCAGUCGGCUUCUUGCAUGUGCCACAUGCUGAAGACAUCCCCACCACUGUGACACUUGGCAAUGGGGUGGGCUUUUUACUUCGACCUUACAACUACUUUGAUGCUGACCCAUCCGCCAAGUCCCCUGACAGCGUGUACUUCACAGCACAACAAGAUGCAAGCAAAUGUGAGGUCACCCAUGUUGCUUGCUUGCAAAAUACAGCUUCGUGUUCUCCCAGCCUACCACCGUUUACAUAUAAUGGCUUUGAGAACUUGACAGGUCCUUGACCAAAAAGGAAAGAUUCUGCAUUUUGUUCUACUUUUCAGCUUACCAAAAUGUGCCUCAACUUUAUCUGAAUAAUAGUGUUGCUGCAUUCAAAUUAUGACUGGCCUUGAAACGCUCUUGUUUUAUCACAUCCAUUCUGUCAGUUCCCAAGACUGUCGCUUCCUCCCCAAUAUUAUCAAAUUUAAGCCUGCUUUCAACAGGAUGAUUCACACAACCAUUGUCCAUGUAAUGGUUGCAUGACAAAGCCACCCGUGUUGAGUCUCUUGAGAUGUUGAUAGGUGAUUGUGUAAAUAGUCAUGUGAAUAGAGAGAGCAUCUCCUAUUGCAAAUUAAUUGGGAAUUAGAAGGUUUUUUCCUCUUGCAUUUUAAAUUAUUAAAAAUUUUACUUCAACAUUUUCUAGCUUAAGAAAAAAAAGCAAAACGAAGGUGAGUGCAUGAGGAAAAGGGGAAAGAGGAAAUUCAGACAAGUAAAACACAUUGAAAGUUGUUUUAAUUCAUGGUCAUGGGUCAAGAGUAAGAAAUGUUUAGGCAGACAUACUGUUUUAUACAGUUUAAAGUACGUAAGUAAACAAGAGGAUUUGACAGCAACAGAAUAUACAUUCAUUAUGGAGAGAAAGCUAUAUGGUGUUCAUUUAAUGGUAGAUAGCGGAGUUUAUCUUGUGGGACCUGUUUGCGAUUUCUUUUGGCUGUUUGUUAAUUUCCAAGUUGGAGGGAUAUCCUUGAAAACUGCAUGAACCUCAGAAAAUGUGAGCUGAAAGAUAGCUUCCAGCAAAAAGGAAAUAUGGACAGCAUAAAAUGAAGGUUACAAGGGGCCAGAUUGAUACAGGCAAGGAAGUUCAGGAGUGCAAAAAUGCUCAGUAUGUUUUGUAUAUAGGAAAGCAGUCCAAGAAUAAAAAUGAAUCCAGGACAUGGCUACAUAUCAAAAGCUUUGACCUUUCAGUCUAUGCACAUGGACACAGUGCUAUUCUUAAAAAAGGAGGCUGCGAGGGGAAACAUGAAUGUUUGUAGUGUAGGAAACUAACAGAGGAAAAGUAAAAUUGUGGAAAUACCAUAUGAUGGCGUUGAUCUGCAGAUGUCCCAUAAAACAAUGAAAGAAGCAUAGGAAUUCCAUACUACCUAACAUAUAGGUCUACCUAUAUGUUAUUAACGUAAGGAUAUAUAGACAACCAUGCCAAAUCAGAAUGGAGAACUAUUUGACCACCAUUCUGUUUCCACAAUUCCCAAUUGGAAGCCGACCCAUGAAACAUUACUUCAACUGUAUCCUUUGUCUCAUAUUUUCCAGUGACUGAUAUACAGAGGCAAUCAGUCACGGAUACUAGAACUGAUGUAGAAUGCUUCCUGACUGGUAGUCACUGAUAUUUCUAGCUUCCACGAGUUUAAGAACCUCAUCACAUUAAUGGUGGCAAAUCCAGGGGGCACAGUGGGGGAACCCAUUGCCCCACAUCGCCUGGCUUCCCCCUCACUCCAUCUCACAGAGAAAGCGUCCACUGCCCAGCUUCCCCGUUGUUUGCCUUUGCAACACAGGAAGCUUUUUGUAUGUUGCUGAGGUAGUGGCUUACAACCCUCCAUUUUCAUUUGCAACAUGGAGCCCCACUGGAAAUAGAUCUAUGUCAUGGGAUGGGAUCCGGCAGGCUCUGUGAUGCAAGUGAGGUGAGAGCCUUGUAUGACGGGCAAUUUUGCCUGUCUGAUGAAGUAGUAUGUGAUGUUCUCUUAAAGCUGUCCAAAUUGGCAACCACCACUACAACUUGUGACAGUGAAUUCCAGUCUAACUGUGCACUGUAGGAAGAAGUAUUUCUUUUUAUUUGUCCUGAACCUUCCACCACUGAUCUGACCCUGGUUUCUAGUAGUAAGAGAAAGGGAGGAAGCUAAUUCUAGGAAAUGUAUCAGUACCUGUCAUUCUAAUACAAUCUGCAAUGGUGAUCUUUAUUGUUUGGCUUGUGAAGUGAAAUGAAUGGGACUGUAUGAUUUCAUUGUCAUUGUGAAUGUUAACUAUGUAUUACCUUGAGACAUGUUUCUGAAAGGAGCUUGUGUACAUGUCUCCUAUACAUGCAGUUGAUGGCAUAUAGGUAGGUGUAAAACCCUGGUCAACAUACGUUUGGGUGCCUCAAAUGUUAGCCCUGUGUCUACUGAUUCCAAAAAAAUGGCAUCAGUUUCUCCCUAUCAGCUCUAGUUUUUGAGAUAUAAAAUAUAUGUCAUCUAUUCAUCAUCAUCUGCUCACCCAUAGACAAUAAAAAUCAUAUCUAGGAAACUAGAGCUGAUGCAGUCUAUCCAAUGCAAUUUUCUGAACCAGUGCCCCAAAGAACCCCAAGAUCAGGGCUGAAAACCAAGACCCCUUCUACACUGCCAUAUAAAAUCCAGAUUACCUGCUUUGAACUGGAUUAUAUGGCAGUCUAAAUUCAUAUAAUCCAGUUCAAAGAAGAUAAGGUGGUUUAUCUGCUUUGAUAUUCUGAAUUAUAUGGCAGUGUAGAAGGGGCCCCAGACAGCAAGAAAUAAGGUUUUUUGUUGGGUUGUGAUCCAUAGUUUAUGAGUAAGUUAUAUGAAUGUGUGAUUUGUAACUGCAUGUGAGUCCUCUGUGGGGUGAGAAAGGCGGGGUAUAAGUGAAAUAAAUACCCUGUUUCCCCUAAAAUAAGACAUCCCCAAAAAAUAAGACCUAGUAGAGGUUUUGCUGAAUUGCUAAAUAUAAGGCCUCCCCCGAAAGUAAGACCUAGCAAAGUUUUUGUUUGGAAGCAUGCCCGGCGGCCACCAAACAAAACACCAUAGCAUGCAGGAUUGGUAAAUGUAUAUGCCAGUUGUAUAUGGAAAUAAUGAUAGUAUAGUAGAGUCUCACUUAUCCAACAUUUGCUUAUCCAACGUUCUGGAUUAUCCAAUGCAUUUUUGUAGUCAAUGUUUUCAAUAAAUCGUGAUAUUUUGGUGCUAAAUUCGUAAAUACAGUAAUUACUACGUAGCAUUACUGCAUAUUGAACUACUUUUUCUGUCAAAUUUGUUGUAUAACAUGUUUUGGUGCUUAAUUUGUAAAAUCAUAACCUAAUUUUAUGUUUAAUAGGCUUCUCCUUAAUCUCUCCUUAUUAUCCAACAUAUUCGCUUAUCCAACGUUCUGCCGGCCCAUUUAUGUUGGAUAAGCGAGACUCUACUGUAUCAAGAAAUUCUUGACAGAAGUCACAGUUUGUCUGGUUUGGCUAUGUUGGUUUGUGAUGACAACUACUGUACAGUAUAGAAUAAAUGUUCAUUUUUUGUUCAACGAUAAAUGUGAAUUCUUCUUCAUGGAAAAAUAAGACAUCCCCUGAUAAUAAGACCUAGCACAUCUUUGGGAGUAAAAAAUAAUAUAAGACACUGUCUUAUUUUCGGGGAAACACGGUAGAUAAAUAAAUAUGGUGAAUGGCUAGGAACAUGAAGUGUGCCACCACACUUUAAAAUCUUCAAGGCUAACUUUUAAACUUUCCACGUAGUCCCUCCUGGCUUUUUCACUCUACAGAAUGAUAGCCACAUUAAAACUUGGUGUAAUAGUUUGAGCAUUGGACUACAUCUCAGGAGACCAGGGUUUUAAGCCCACUCAGCCAUGGAAACCCAUUAGAUGACCUUGGACAAAUCACAUGUGCACAGUCUCAGAGGAAGGCAAAGGCAAACCCUCUCUGAACAAAUGCUGCCAAGAAAAUUUUGAGAUAGUGUUGUCUUAGAGUUGCCCUAAAUUGGGAACAACAUGAAGAUACACUAUAAGGGCUGCAUCCUUUGGAAUCCUGGAGUUGAGUGUAGAAUAAAUGUCCAGUCCCAAGAUACUAUAGGUUGGAACUAUGGCAAUUAAAGUGGAAUAAUAGCACUAUUAAAAUGAACUGUGAUUGGACUUUAGAAAACAAACCUUCAUUGGAUGCAAACUGUUCUAUACGAUCUGAUCUCUCUACGAUCCGAUCCUACAAUCCCACAGAUCCAUGAAGCAGUAAAGGAGGGGGAUAAAAUAUCUUUUAAGUUAGAUUUUCAGCCUUCCUUAGGAAUACAUUGGUGCUGAUUGUUUUUUUUACUCGUGGAUCAAGGGAAUCACUAUCACUACUUUUUAACUCUCCUCUGAAGUGUGGAGUUAACUUUUGAAAUUAAAUACUGACGAGAAAGAAAGAAACAACCCUCGAUUGUGCACUGUAGGCCCAACUCAGAUUGACUGUACAUAUGAAAGUGAUUUUGAACUUCACAUUACAUCUUUGACAUACCAUAGUUUAGAUAGAGGAUAGAAUUUAGGCAGAACAGUGUUGCCGGUUUAGGAUUUGUUGUCCUUUCUUACUAUGUUCUCUCACAAAUUCCUUUUACCACUCUGUCUUUAUGUUUAGGUCAAUAAACAUUUUAAAUAAAAUUAUGAA